AUGACAACACCCACUUCAACCGCAGCAGUCACGAUCUGGACACGCAAAUCCGACGCUCUGGUUCUCCUUCUAAAUAAGUCUUGUGGAAUGAGUUGGUUGAUCGAAAUGAACUGUCCUGUUGAUGAUAGUUUCUGGCCAGACGGCGAAAUUCUCACUGAAUAUGUCCUAUGCAAAACCGUCUACCAAAUCAAUCCUGAAAAAGCGGCGACCUUGUACCCGAAGGCAUUCGUUGAAAAAUUGGACGAACUUAUAGCGAAACGAAGGAUUGAUGCACCUUCUUUGCGGGACCUCGUGCAGUCCUUUAGAAAAAGAAAAGCUUCCGGAAGGGAUUUGCAGGAAUCGAACCGUAAGCAGUUCUUACCGUCCUUUUAUCCCAUAAUUCCGGACGAGUAUGAGUUCGCGUCAAAAGCUAUGGUUCUGAAGGAUAACCAUUAUCUGAGAAAUUCUCAAAAUUCACAACGCUUAUCGAAGGGGUUAUUCACUUCGCAGAAGAAGGGAUCGUUGGAGGAUAUGCUUCGCAUGCCAAAUCUGAGGACGAAGCUAGAAGCACGAUCUCCUCAAAAGUUGUCGACAAAAACUGUCUUGACCAAUAUAGAUGACGAAAUCGAAAAUCUUCUAUCGGCUGAGCCUCCGAAGAGGUCGAUACGAAAAGUUUGGUUCUCUCCUGUGGAAUGCAAGCGUAGGCGAUCUUCAUGGAACCCCGCUGCAGUACCAACCAAGAGUUUGUUGAAGAAGGUCACAAAACGGUCGGAAGCAAGUCAGAGCUUGAAAGAAGGCACACUUGGAAAUACCACUAGUACAGAAAAGAUGGCUACUACUGACAAAGUCAUAUCUGUAAUCAGCAACGAGGACGUCCUCCCAGAUACACAAGAGACGAUUUCCGAAGCUGCCAGAGAUUCUUCAGAAAUCCGAGAAAGUUUUGGAAAAAGAAGUCUUGUCGGGACUCAUGAAGAAUCCAUGGAGACGCUACUGCAGGGAAAAAGAAAACGAUUAGGCCGAACAAAAGCAAAUGAAGAGUGGAGUGAUCAGCUCAGGAACGCCACUUCAUCAGUGGAUUCUUCAAAUGAAAGAGAGGAAAGGUUCAAGAAAAAUUUUCCCGAGAAAGACCGUGUGUAUCAAAAUGGUGAGAUUUCUGCGAGCACAUCGGUGGAACACGCUGUAACUCCACAAGAUUUACGGAGACAAUCAGAAGCAGGUGGUCGUUCUAAUGGAGAAGGAAUUUGUGCCUCUAGCAAAUCAGCUCUGAACACUCACAAUAUCCUGGAUCGAGGUGCCUCUGAAGAAGACGUAAAACAACAUGAUGUUUCCGAUAUCACAAAUUUGGAGCCUGAAGCCUCCACAAUCUCUUCAAAUAUGCGGAGUAGAAGCGCGAAAUCGGCAUCGCCAAUCAUUCAGCAUUCACUUGAAACUCGUGUUUCUCGACGAAAGCGGAAAAUGGUCAUCCCGGAUUCCAAUGACGUAGAAUCACAUGGAAAUAUGCUGAACCAGAAGGUACUCAGAGAUCUGGUAACUGAAGGCGAUACAUGUGUCAGGCCUGUCGAAAAUAGAAGAUGUUCAAAGCGUCUAAGUCUUGAGCGAAAUGAUGGAAACAACUUAGAAAACUUCGAUAAAUUAGAAUGCCCGUUGUGCCCAAAACGUUACGCUGUUGCAAAAAGUCUUCGUGCUCACGUCGUUAAAGUUCACCGUGAUGUAGUAGAGGAUACUAGAGAAGAUCUCCAAAACUCCGAUGUCCAUGAGGACCCAAAUGUCAGUAGCGGCCUUUGUUUAGCGUAA